AUCCUGCUGCUGCUGUCCGCAGGGAGUCCGUGUUGGUGUGGCGGCAGGAGCUGCGCUCUUGCGCCUGUGCGGCUGCUGCCCCUGCUGCUGCUGCUGCACCUGCUGCUGCUGCUGCUGCUGCUGCUGCUGCUGCUGGGCAUCGGCUUUGCUCUGUGACGACAGCCGAAGAAGAGGCGUUUGAAAAUGGAGCUGUAGAUACACUAGGCACUCAGCUGGGGCAGCUUCUGGGGGCCACGAAGUUGCUGCUGGAGUUAGCCCGAAGCAGCAGCAGCAGCAGCAGCAGCAGCAGCAGCAGCAGCAGCAAACUCAAUCAGGUUGAGGCUGCUGCUUUUCGGGUUGAAGAAGCGCUUGCUGCUGCUGCAGGCCAGUUUUGCUGCGCUGUUCUUUGGUUGAGAGCAGCGCAACGCGCGCGCCGCCGCGUAAAGAUGCUGCUGCAGCUGCUGCAGGCGCCGGACCCGUUAGCAGCAGCAGCAGCAGCAGCAGCAGCAGCAGCAGCAGCAGCACCGGCAGCAAAAGCGUUAGGCUCAGGAGGCAUCACACAGCAGACGGUGAAGCAGCGGGAACGGCGAGCAGCCUUCAUCCGCCUAUUGAAGACCCAGGCAGCUUCUGCUGCUGCCGAUGGCAUCAUUGACAGCAGCAGCAGCAACAGCAGCAGGAGCUGCGACAUCAGCAGCAGCAGCAGCAGCAACAGCUCCUGGCCCUUGGGAGGUGCAGCGGGAGAAAGAACCCAAAUAGUGUUUGUGCUGCCGCAGCAGCAAUUGGCAGUAGAUGAGGGCUGUCUUACAGAGGAGCUGAAGCAGCUUGAAGCCGCCGUCCAGGGCAGCAGCAGCAGCAGCAGCAGCAGCAGCAGCAGCAGCAGCAGCGGCAGCAGCUCCAGCAGCAGCGGUAGCAACAGAAGAGUCCGAAGCUCUGUGAAGGAGUUGAGGCUGUCUUUACAUCCCCCGUGGGCAGUUCUCGAAAGCCUGAAGUGUUGGCUGCUGCAGGUGGCGCAAGCAGCAGCAGCAGCAGCAGCAGCAGCAGUGGCAGCAGCAGCAGCAGCAGACGCAGACGCAGCGUCCAAGGCUCCGCAGGAACAGCAGCAGGAUGAAGAGAGCUCACUGAAAACGAAUAACUUUGCAGGGCAAGGCAAGCAGCAGCAGCAGCAGCAGCAGCUGCUGCUGCUGCUGCAGCGGUCAGCUAAAGAGGUCGCAAGCUGCUGCAGAAACGUGGGGGAAGAGCUGCAGGCACUGACGAGCAGCAGCAGCAGCAAACGCGAGCACGGUGUGCUGCAGCAGCACUGUUUUGCUGCUCUCUCGCAGCCCCCUCUGCAGCAGCAACAGCAGCGACAGCAGCAGCAGCAGCAGCAACAGCAGCAACAACAGCAGCAGCAUCCACCCCAGCUGCAGCAGCAGCAAGAAAGUGCGCUUGUCAAGUCUGUGCUGCCGCAGCCUCUGCAGCGAAGUAGUGCCGUUGAGGGCGACUUGCAUUCUGAAGCAGCAGCUGCAGCAGCAGCAGCAGCUGCUGCUGCUGCUGCUGCUGCUGCUUCAGAAGCUGUAGUGCAUCAGUUCAUGCAGGGAAAAUGCCCGCUGCUGCUGGUAGAUGACUUACCCAGCGCAACAGCAGCGCUGCGCCGCGUCGCCGAAGAUAGGUCGAGCAGCAGCAGCAGCAACAGCAGCAGCAGCAGCAGCAGCAGCAGCAGCAGCAGCAGCAAUGUCCAGGUGGCAUCCAACGUAGUGGUGCUGCUGCCAUUCGCCCCCCCCUCAAAGUGUGGGGCCCUGCGGCUUGCUGAGGAGCUGAGGGCAUUUUGUGCGGGCGUAGCUGCGGUUCUUGAGCUGCAGCAGCAGCUGCAGCAGCAGCAGCAGCAGCAGCAGCUGCCGCUGCUGCAGCAGCUGCAGCAGCGCCGAACCGCGGGCGUGUCCACUUCGGUCUUCCUUUGCCUGCCCCCUCCCGUCAGCAGCAAAUCUCCCACAGGCGCCAGCGACAGCAGCAGCAGCGGCGCUAACAGCGCUGAAGGCAGCAGCAGCAGCAGCAACAGCAGCAGCAGCAACAGCAGCAGCAGCAACGGCAGCAGCGACUGUGGCACGGCGUGCUGCAUGCAGUGUCGCAUCUCGUUGGCAGAAGAGGCAGCUUCAAGAGUUUUGGAAAACCGCUUGCGGGGAUGCCAGUGCAGCAGCAGCAGCAGCAGCAGCAGCAGCAGCAGCAGCAACAGCGCAGCAGCAGCAGCAGCAGCUACUGAGUCUGUUUCAGCUAUAUGGGCACCGUCUCUGGACAUUUCUUUUGCUGCUGCAGCUCUUUGGCUCGCCGCUGGAGUGCCGCUGCGCGGCUUACUGCAGCCACCAGCAGCAGCAGCAGCUGUUUCUGCAGCAGCAGAAGCAGCAGCAACUGUUCCUGCAGCAGCAGCUGCUGCUGCAGCGUGGGAUUCUGCUGCUAGUCGCCCAGAGCUGCUUCCUUUGGGGCGCGCUGCGCUCGCUGCUGUGAGGGCUAUCCACAAGAGGGACUUGGAGCAGCAGCAGCAGCUGCCGCUGCUGCUGCCUUUGGCCUGCAGCAAGCUGCAGCAGCCCGAAGCAGCAGCAGCAGCAGCAAAGUUGUCUCCGUCCUUUCCGCUUCAGGACUCCCUUGAGGUCCGCCUUGCAUGCGCGCAGCAAAGCAUAAGCAGCAGCAGGUGCUGCAGCAGCCGCAGUGGGGCUGCACUGCUGCUGCUGCAGCAGCAGCAGCAGGCAAAGCGCAGCAGCACAGACAGCAGCAGGGAGUUCGCGAGCUUGCUGCUGCAGGCAGCAACGGACUGCGGUGUCUCCUUUGCCCUGCAGCAGCUGCUGCUGACGGCGGAGACCCUUAGCCCAGAGCUGCAAAUGACCUUGCUGCAGCUGCAGGCCGCGCUGCAGCAAACUGGCUGGAUGCUCAGGAGUCUCUUCUACGAGCCGUCGUGGGUGGAGUUAUGCAGUCUGGCGGACCUGCUGCAGGCUCAGCAGCAGCAGCAGCAGCAGCAGCAGCAACAGCAGCAGCAGCAACAGCAGCAGCAGCAGCAAGUGGUGGGCCUGAGAGUCAUGGGCCCGCAAACGAUCCUUAACGGCAAAGGCCUGGACCAAGUGACCCUCAUGGAGCGGCGGCUGCUGCGGGUGCUGCCGCUGGCAGCAACAGCAGCAGCAGCAACAGCAGCAGCAGCAGCAGCAGCAGCAGCAGAAGCAGCAGCAGCGACGGAGGAUGCAACAGCUGCAGCUGAGGAGCUUAAGGGGGGAAUCGCGCUGGAGCUUCUGAGUGUCUUUGUCUGCUGCCGCCUGUCUUAUGCGGAUGCGCAGCAGCUGCUGCAGCAGCAGCAGCAGCAGCAGCCGCACCCACUGCUUCGCUUCUACUGGCUACUGGGCGCGUUGCACCCAGUGCCCGUCGUGCUGCUGCGGCACCCGUUGGCCGCGCAGCAUUUGCCUUGCUGCAGCAGCAGCAGCAGCAGCAGCAGCAGCAGCAGCAGCAAGUUCAAUGAGGGGGGCAUCAGUGACCUGUUUCUACUUGCUUCCGCCACGGGCCUGCAAUGCGGCGUUGCUCUGACAGCUGCUGAGGCCUCCCGCAUCCUCUCGGAAGGACGGCUGCAGCAGCUGCGGGAUUCCUUUGCUGCUACAUUUGCUGCUGCUUGGAGCCUCCGCGAGAGCGCAGCGCUGCUGGAUGCAUGCGCUGUGCGGCAGCGGAGCCGCGAGGACUCAGCAGCAGCAGCAGCAGCAGCAGCUGUUGCUGCUGCUGCUGCUCCGGACGAAACACGCUGCAGCGCACAGCAGCAGCAGCAGGAAGUGCAGCAGCAGCGGGACGAAGGAGGCUUCAGCUCGUUGCUGCGGUGGACCAGCAAGCAGCAAAAGCUGCUGGUGCUGACUGCCGUUUACUGCUGCUGCUGCGACAGCAAGUCUGCGUGCAGCAGCAGUGGCGACACCAGAGAAAGCAGCAGCAGCAGCAGCAGCAGCAGCAGCAGCAGCAACAGUUGCUGCUGCAGCUGCUCCGGGGCACUCCGCGCAAAGGAAGCCAGCGCGUUCGCCUUGGCAGCAGCAGAAUGCUCUGGUGUUCUCGCGGCGCUGCAGCAGCCGCCAGCAGCAGCUGCUGCUGCUGCUGUCCAGUGCCUGCCGUGGCCCAGCAGCAGCAGCAGCAGCAGCAGCAGCGCCAGCAACAGCAGCGGCAGCUGCAGCAGCAGCAGAAGCUGGAGGUUAACGCAGCAAGGCUCAUCAGCCAAGCCAGAGGAUACAAGCAGCAGCACUCCAGCAGCAGGCAGUAGUCCCACGUGCAGCAGCAGCACCGACGGCAGCAGCAGCAGCAGCAGCGACAGCAGCAGCAGCAUUUCAUUGCCUUUAGUGAUGCGAAGCGUUGCGGCGCUGCUGCAUGGGGGGGCAUGCAGCUCUGAGGCAGCAGCAGCAAGCAGUGCUGCAGCGGGAACAAGUUCGGGAAAAAUAACAACGGAAAAAGCAGCAGCAGCAGCAGCAGCAGCAGCAACAGCAGCAGCAGCAAGAGCAGCAGGAAGCGAGUUUCGGGGCCCGUUGCUGCAUUCUCUGCAGCAGCUGUGCGGCUGCCAAGGCCGUCGGGCAGGGCUGCCUCAGCCAGUGCUGCUGCAUGUGCUGCCGGAGGCCCAAGCUGCUGCUGCUGCUGCUGCUGCUGCUUCUAAAGGCGGCGGCCACCGCAGCAGCAGCAGCAGCAGCAGCAGCAGCGAGGACCCUGCAGCAGGAGAGUGGGUGUUGGGCUGGCGGGUGCCGGAGGCAGCAGCAAGUCUUCUUGUCGAUGCUCUCAGCAGCAGCAGCAGCAGCAGCAGCACUUCCAGCUUGCUGUGGCGGCAGCAGCUGCAGCCGCACACAGCAGCAGCAGCAGCAGCCGCCGAGAAGCUAGCUUCUCACUGGAAAGCGCUGCACAAGAACCAGCAGGAUCAGGCCCCGGCGGCGCUGCAGCAACAGCAGCAGCAGCAGCAGCAGCAGCAGCAGCAGCUGCUGCUGCUGCCGCGCAGGCAGCAGAAAUCUGUAGAAGACACGCCAUGUCGCUUUUUGCUGCACAGCGGAAUAACAUUUGGCGGCUUUGUGGGGGGAAGGUCUCGGGUUUGUAUCUCCCGAGCAAUGCUGCGGGAGCUGGCUGACUGCCUGCAGCAGCAGCAGCAGCAGCAGCAGCAGCAGCAGGAACAGCAGCAGCAGCCGCAGCAGCAGCAGCAGACCAACGCCUGGACGAGAUGGCGCUCUUUGGGCAGUGCUGUGGCUGUGCUGCCGCUGCUGCGUCGCAUUAGGGAGCAGCAGGAGCAGGAGCUGCAGCAGCAGCAGCAGCAGCAGCAGCAGCAGCAGCAGGCACUGUGGAGGAGCCCGGAGGCGCUUGCUCAGCAGAAACGGCAGCAGCAGCAGCAGCAGCAGCAGUUGCUCUUCCGAUUCCCUUGGGGCUCCCCUGCAGAGAUGCUGCUGUUGCUGCUGCUGCUGCUGCUGCGCGCUGCUGCUUUCCUGCAGCCCUGGAAGAUGCGGCUGCAAAGCUGCUGCUGCUGCAGCAGCAGCUGCCGCUUCUUCGUCAAAAGCAAACGGCAGCUCGUAGUUGACAUGCAGACUUGUCAUUUGUGUCUUUUGGAGCAGUUCUUUGUUGCUAGCUGCUGCCCAGGGAGUCAGCUGCAGCAGCUGCAGCAGCGGCAGCAGCAACCGCGGCAGCAGCAGCAAGUGCAAAAGCGGCAGCAAGUGCAGCAGCAGCAGCAGAACGAGGGGCAGCAGCAGCUGCACCAGCUGGGUCAGCAGCAGCAGCAACAACAGAAGCAACUUGAUGCAUCCAGUGCACUUGCUGCUCAUGCAGCAGCAGCAGCAACGCGAACAGGCGCACCCUCCGCUGCUGCUGCUGCUGCUGCUGCUGCUGCUGCUACUCCAGCUGCUGCUCGGGUUUCCGUGGAACGGCAGAUAGAAAACGUGCAGCGGCCGAACAGCAGCAACACAGCAAUUUCGGAAGCAGCUUCGCCUACUUCUGCUGCUGCUGUUGCUGCUGCUGCUGCUGCUGCUGCUGCUGCAUGCUCUCCAUCUGGAUUCGCUCUGAAAUCAGCAGCAGCGCAUUCACAACAGCGGCCGUUGCAGCAGCGACACGAACAUCUCAGGCAGCAGCAGCAGCAGCAGCAGCAGCAGCAGCAGCAGUACCAUGGCAGCCAGCAGCCGCUGCAGCUGUUUCCCCCUGUUGCCGAAUCAGCCGCCGUUCCCGCUCUGUCUGCAGCAGCAGCAGCAGCAGCAGCAGCAACAGCAGCAAGCGCCGGUGGCAGCAACAGUGGCAGGCGUGCUGCUGCUGCUUUUAGGAAAGCAGCAGAACUUCCUGAUGCUGCGGCUGCUGCUGCUGCUUCUCAGAUGCCUGCAGCACACCGUGCUGCUGCUGCAUCUGGUGGUUCUUAUGCUAGGAGGAAGGAACAGCAAUCGCCGCGCGCUGCAGCAGCUGCAACAGCAGCAGCAGCAGCUGCUGCUGCUGCUGCGGAGUCCGAUGACGAGCUUGUAGUUUACAUAGACACAGAGAGCGACAUUGAUACUGCUGGUAAUUCCCCGCAGGCAGCAGCAGCAGCAGCAGCAGCAGCAGCAGCUCCUGUUACCAUAGCAGCGCCUGCGGGCUCCAACCAGCAGCAGCAGCAGCAGCAGCAGCAGCAACAGCAGCAGGGCAGCAAUGCAACAGAAGCCCCUAAACCACUGCUGGAAGAGCUCCGAGAGCAGCAGCUGCAGCUGCGGCAGCACUUCAUGGGAAAGCCACGGUCUCUGCAGCAGCAGCAGCAGCAGCAGCAGCAGCAGCUGCUGCUGCUGCUGCAACGAUUGCAGCAUACUGAGGAGCGAAGCCCUAGACCGCAUCAAACGCCUCAGCAGGAGACACUUCAGCAACCGCGGCAGCAACCGCUGCAGCAGCAGCAAAAGCUACAGCAGCAGAAGCAGCAGCAGCAGAUGCAGCAGCAGCAGCGGGAACAGCAGCUCUUUGCCUCCGUCUCUAGAUCGCAAAUUCAGCACCAAUUGGGUUCUCCAGCGGCAGCAGCAGCAGCGGCAGCAGCAGCAACUGCAGCAGCAACACCUGCAGCAGCAGAAGAGUGUGACUGCAGCCAAAGCAGGCCGAGCAAAAGCGGUCUGAAGCGGCAGCAAGCCCGCAGCAGAAGCAGCAGCAGCAGCAGCAGCAGCAGCAGCAGUUCGCCGCAGUCAAAAAGACCAGAGACAAUUGCUGCUGCCGAUGCUGAUGAUGCUGCUGCUGCUUCCCUUGUAGUUAUUACCUUGAGUGACUCUGACACUCCAGAUGACCAGCAGCAGCAAAAACAGCUGCAGCAGCAGGAGCAAGGGCAGCAGCAGCAGCAAGGCCAGCAGCAGCAGCAAGGCCAGCAGCAGCAAGACUGGUCAGGUUUGCAUUCACGAGGCGCUGUCUCUCCUCCUGCAGCGUCUCUCUCACCAGCGUCUCGAAGUGGGGCAGCAGCAGCAGCAGCAGCAGCAGCAGCAGCAGCAGCAGCAGCAGCAGCAACUGCAAGGAAAGAUGGAAGCGCCUCGGGUGUUGCAGCGGCAGGCUGUUGUGCUGCAGCAGGACACGCAGCAGCAGCAGACACGGGAGCAGCGACAGUAGCCACGAUGACGGCAGCAGUGACGAAGAAGCAGCAAGUGGAGCAGCAGCUGCUGCAGCAGCAGCUGCUGCAGCAGCAACUGCUGCAGCAGCAACUGCUGCAGCAGCCGGACGCUGGCCUUGGGGGGGAGCCCCGUAGGCGCGUGCUGCUGAACCCUGAGCAGCAGCUGGAGACUUCGACACCCCGCAAGAGGCAGCAGCAGCAGCAGCAACAGCAGCAGCAGCUGGUGCAGCGGCGCAGCACCUACAUUGACCACAGCAGCAGCAGCAGCAGCAGCAGCAGCAGCAGCAGCACUGCUGCUUCCCAGGAGUGGUUUUCAAGCGAGUUGCUUGAGCACUGUUCUGGGGGGAGCCGCAGCGGCGGCAAAACAUUGCAGCAGCAGCAGCAGCAGCAGCAGUGGAACAAUAAGCAGCAACAGCAGUGGGACUAUUAG